GAAAAUAUUUCCUAAGCCACAUGCAUAUUUUUUAAGUCACACAAAUAGAUAAAGUCUUUUCUAUUAUUAUUUUUAAACUGACACUUUCUAUAAAAACCCUCUGUACUUUCCCCCCCUCUCUGCUACCUCCAAGAUGGUAGGAAAGUUGUUGUUUUGGAGGGCAGAGGAGCUGCUCUCUGAUGUUAUGUCCUCUCAGUGCCUGUAGUGGUGCUGUAGGAGGCUGCUGGCUCUCUUCUUGAGCAGCCCCAGCAGCCCUGCCUUCUUUGCUGGAGAAUAUAUUCAGGGAUUCCCCUUAAUAAUCACCUACCCUCUGAGCACUUUGUACUUUUAAAAUAAUAAAAAGCCCCCCAAAGCUUUCUCCCCCACAAAAGCAGGAUCUCCUCAGAGCCAGGGGGGCAGCAGCUGCUCAGCACAGAGCCCGAGCCCAUUCCCGGUCCCUCUGCUGGGGAGGAAACUCUGAUCUGUCAGCCCAGCAGAGGGAAAGGGGGGAGAGGCGAGAGAGGAGAAAAAAAAAGCAGCUGGAAAGUGCCUAGGAGCCCUGUUCAUGGACCAGGACCCCAUUGUGCUAGGCGCUGUAGAAACACAACAGAAAGAUGGUCCCUGCCCCCAAAAGCUUACAGUCUAACUAUGACAAGAGACAACAGAUGGAUACAGACAGACUGGGAAGUACAAGGAAACAAUAGAUCUCCAAUCCAUUCUGAUGGGAUAUAUUCUGACAAUCUGCUUCAUCUGACUCGUCAUCAUUCCAGGAUAGUGGUCUCCUUGGGGCUCUCUCCUAACACUGAUAUGGUACAGAAGAUUUAAAAUCAGCUGAUGUUCACAAGGAAUAGAGUCACGUGAUGUAUGAAGGCAAACACAUACACUUCUCUGAGGUUGACAAUAAGCCCUUGUGCUCAUAUAGCCCCAAACUGUGCAAGCAGAGGCGACUUAACGGCUACGCCUUCUGUAUCAGACACGUUCUGGAGGACAAGACUGCCCCCUUCAAGCAAUGUGAAUAUGUGGCCAAGUAUAACAGCCAACGCUGCACCAACCCUAUCCCCAAAUCUGAGGACCGUAGGUACUGCAACAGCCACCUACAGGUACUUGGCUUUAUACCUAAAAAGGAGAGGAAGAAAAAGAAUGAUCCAAUAGAGGAAGUGAAGGUCAGGCACCAGAUGGAUGCUAUGGCCUUCAGUCUGACAGUGCCCACACUGGCCUUGAAGAUGUCCAAUGGACUGGAUGGGAUGUCCCUCUCUCCACCAGGGGCUAGGCUUCCUCUCCACUACCUGGAAGCAGAGUUAGAAGAUCCCUUUGCUUUCAAUGAGGAGGAGGAUGACUUAAAGAAAGGGGCAACGGUGAGGAAAAAGUUGCAGAGCAAGUUGGCCCAAAACCGGCAGCGCCAGAGAGAAACCGAGAUUUUAAAAGUUCACCAAGAGCACUUUAGCCCCCUUCCUGCACCUUUGCAGCAGCAGCCACUGCAGCAGCACUCCCAUCUGCCACCUUUAUCAACUUCUUUAAAGCCUACAGGGCUACCGCAGGGCUUAGUCUGCAAGUCGCCUCAACCUCAGAACACCAGCCUACCAAUGCAGGGAGUGGCACCCACCACACACACUAUAGCACAAGCAAGGCAGAUGUCUAACAAGAGACCCCUGCCUCUCCUGCCACCCACCAGGGCUCCUGUCAUGGACCCACCAAGGACUGAUCGGGUCCUCAUGAAAGCCACAGCCUUCUCUCCACACUCAUCCUGCAUGAGCCGGCUACAGAGACUGGUGAAACUGUGCACUCGAAAACAGCAGCUGGAAACUGAUCUGUUUCCACAUUUAGGGCUGGACUGGUCUGAAGACAGUGGAGAAGAGUUGGAGGAUUCAGAGCAAACUUCACCAUACCAGGUUGCAUGGUCUAUACGGGAAACUCUCAGAUAUGAAAGACAUGAGUCAGAUGAUGAUGAUGCAGAUAGCAGGAGUUCCAGGGUGACCCAACUUUGCACUUACUUUCAGCAGAAAUAUAAGCACCUCUGCCGCCUGGAGCGGGCAGAAUCUCGUCAGAAGAAAUGCCGGCAUACGCUCCGGAAAGCUUUGCUGCAUGCGGCCAGCAGAGAGCCGGAAUGUGCUGGGCAACUGAUACAGGAACUCCGAAGAGCUACAUGCACUUGGACCAGCACAAGCCAAGCCAAGCAGAGAGGUGCAGAACCAACAACAUGUAGUGGAACUGUGAAGGGUGAACAGUGCACUAACAAAGCCCUUCCAUUCACCAGGCAUUGUUUUCAACAUAUCCUAUUGAACCAUUCUCAGCAGCUCUUCUCAAGUUGCACAGCCAAGUUUGCAGAUGGGCAGCAGUGCUCCGUGCCAGUUUUUGACAUUACACAUCAGACACCUCUGUGCGAAGAACAUGCCAAAAAAAUGGAUAAUUUCUUGAGAGGGGACAGCUCCCGUAAAGUUCAGCACCAGCAGCAGAGGAAACCCAGGAAAAAAACGAAGCCACCUGCACUUACCAAAAAACACAAGAAGAAAAGAAGGAGGGGACCACGUAGGCCCCAGAAACCUAUUCCUCCUGCAGUGCCCCAAGGGAACCUCAGCAUGCCCACCAGCAUCUCACUGCCAGUGGAGAUCUCCCACAUACGGAGCCCCUCCACGCCGGAGUUGAGUACAGAUGAGCUGCCCGAUGACAUCGCCAAUGAAAUCACAGACAUUCCACAUGACUUGGAAUUGAAUCAGGAGGACUUUUCUGAUGUCCUACCACGGCUGCCUGAUGACUUGCAAGAUUUUGAUUUCUUUGAAGGUAAAAAUGGAGACCUCCUUCCUACUACCGAAGAGGCGGAGGAACUGGAACGGGCUCUGCAGGCUGUAACUUCUCUUGAGUGCCUGAGUACCAUUGGAGUACUUACACAGACAGACGGUGUGCCAGUUCAGGAGCUAUCAGAUAGAGGGAUAGGGGUGUUCACCACAGGUGCUGGAGCUCCAGGAAUGCAGUCCUUGAGCAGAGAGGUUAACACGGACCUGGGGGAGCUGUUGAAUGGGCGUAUAGUACAUGAUAAUUUCUCCAGUCUGGAGCUGGAUGAGAACUUGCUCCGUUCUGCUACCUUGUCUAACCCACCUACGCCCCUGGCAGGGCAGAUCCAGGGGCAAUUCUCUGCCCCAGCCAACGUCAGCCUUACUUCUGCCACUCUGAUAAGCCAGAGUGGACUUGGGGAGAGAGCCUUCCCAGGACAGUUUCAUGGACUUCAUGAUGGCAGCCAUGCCUCCCAGAGGCCACACUCUGCCCAGCUGCUGAGCAAGGCAGAUGACCUAAUCACCUCACGACAGCAAUACAGCAGUGACCAUUCGCACUCCUCACCCCAUGGAAGCCAUUACGAUAGUGAGCAUGUGCCGUCUCCCUACAGCGACCAUAUCACAUCCCCCCAUGCCACAUCCUAUUCUGGUGAUAACUUGGCAGCUACCUUCUCAGCAGAGAUGCCCAUUAUGGCACAGCACUUGCUCCCACCGCAGCUGGAGGUGCCACUUAGCGGGGUGGUGAACCCCAGAACUCACUGGGGAAAUCUCCCUGUCAAUCUUGGUGACCCCUCUCCGUUUAGCAACCUUCUUGGUGCCGAUGGACACCUUCUUUCCACCUCCCUGUCCACACCACCUACCACCUCGCACUCAGAGACCACACAGCCUGCCUUCGCCACUGUGACCCCCAACAGCUCCAGUGUGCUUCCGGGGUUACCGCAGACCAGUUUUAGUGGCAUGGGUCCUGCCUCUGCUGAACUAAUGGCCUCCACUUCCCCCAAACAGCAACUCCCUCAGUUCAGCGCAGCCUUUGGCCAUCAGCUGAGCUCACACAGUGGCAUUCCUAAGGACCUGCAGCCCAGCCACAGCUCCAUAGCUCCUCCCACAGGCUUCACAGUAACAGGUGCCACCGCUACUAGUACCAAUAAUGCAUCUGCUCCCUUCACCACCUCUAACUGAGCUGAUCUGUCUGUAUUUGCAGGCAGAUGGGGACCCUGUGUUUUCUAUCUUAUUUUUCCUCUUUAUUGUCCUCCCCUUCCUUUGAAGAGGAUUUUUUUGUUUUGUUUUGUUUUUUUAAAAAGGGGGGGUUAAAAAUAAACCUCCUGCUUCCGUACAGACCAGGGUGGCCCCUCCGUGAACCUUGCUCUAGUGUUCACAUGUGCUGUUUAUGCACUGGUGCUCAUUUAUUACUGGCAGGUUCACCAUACCCCAAAAAUGUCCUUAAGGAUACAGCACAGUUACUGGUUGUAAUUGACCUUAGCAGUAAGACCUAGAAAUGGGACGAUACCUCAAAUUACCAAUGCACGUUACUGUUUCCUAGGGUUCAGAUCAGUGCUUUCCAUCCCAUUAGCAUGUCAUGUAGGAAGUUUUUAUAGUGGGGAAAAGUCUCUUGGUUUAAAAAAAAAAAAAAGGUAGCAUCUGGGCAUGGAAAGUUGGCUCCACACUCGGGUUUGGUAAUGGUUCACCGAAGCACUCAAGACCAUGGUUCAAUUAUUCAUUUGACAACUCCUUAAAAAUAGUCUUUUGACCUCCUCUGUGGGCGUGUGUGUGUUUGGGGGAGCAGCAGUUCCUUGUCAUCUGCUGCUGAGACAACAG